GAGAGACAGACAGAGAGAGUUGAAGAGAGAGAAAGAGACAGAGAGUUGAAGAGAGACAGACAGAGAGAGUUGAAGAGAGACAGACAGAGAGAGUUGAAGAGAGACAGACAGGUGCAGAGUUGAAGGAAACAGCUGAUGUCCCUCAGCAUGGAGGACAGCUAUGUCCGCCACGUGGAGCUGCUCGGCUUCGAGAAGCGUUUCUUCCCCAGUCAGCACUACGUAUACAUGCUGAUGGUGAAAUGGAGUGACCAGUCGGAGAAGCUGAUCUACCGGACGUACCCAGAGAUCCACACCUUCCAUAAAUCGUUGAAGGAGAUGUUUCCCAUCGAGUCGGGGCAGAUCGAGAAGAGGGACCGGAUCAUCCCAUCAUUGCCAGCUCCCCGGUGGGUGGACAGUCAGAAGUCCAGGGAGAGCCGUCAGAACACUCUGGCUGAAUACUGCCACCUGCUGGUCAACCUGCCACCUCACAUCUCCCGCUGCAAAUUGCUCUCCGCCUUCUUCAAGGUCCGGCCGGAGGACGAGAACCCGCCUGCCCCCAACACGCUGAAGAGAAACGAGACCUUUGUGGAGUCCAGAGAGCUGGCCCGAGGCGUGGCGUCAGAGAUUUCGGGUCCGAUCAUCCUUGACACGUACAGAGUGAUUGCAGACUUCCAGAAGACGUCCAAACAUGAGAUCAACCUGCGGAUGGACGAUCUGGUGGAGAUUGUGGAGAAAAACCCAAAUGGGUGGUGGUUCUGCCAGUGUGAGUCCAAACGAGGCUGGGUUCCUGCUUCCUACCUGGAACCUCUGGAUGGGCCUGAGGAGGCCGAAGAUGCCGAACCAGACUAUGAAGGAGAACUUCAUGUCACUGUUCAGGUGUACAAAGCCGAGCAUGACGACGAGAUCACACUGGAGCUGGGGGAGACUGUGGAGGUCAUCCACAAGCUGCUGGACGGCUGGUGGGUGGUUCGGAAAGGAGAUGAAACUGGGCAUUUUCCCUCCAUGUUCCUGCAGAAGGCCGGCAAGCGGGAGAGGCAGGAAGCAGAAAGGAGCAUCCCCAGAGGACAGAAGCCCCCCCCUCGCAGGUCCACCAUCAGAAAUGCCAAAAGCAUCCACAGCAAGGCUCGCCAGCGCCUCAGCCAGGACGCCUACCGCAGGAACAGCCGCCGCUACCUGCAGCAGAAGGGCGGACGCCUGGCCGAGCCGCAGAGAAACCCGCAGAGCUCCGCCAAGUCACCGCUGCACGAGAGGAAAAACCAGGGUAACGUCCCCGACCGCUCCGUCAAGGAGGCCCCGGCCGUGCCCCCCCGGCCCAGCCCCGAGCUCAUCCUGCAGCGCUGCACCGACACCACCCGCAAGAGGGUCAGCGUCCACAAGGCCCGCGCCAACACCACCUGCUGACCCUGAACGCACCACGGCGUGAGAGCAACACGAUGACACAUGCUUAUAUACACACACUCAACAAAAAUAGAACACAAUGCUUUAGUUUUUGCUCCCCUUAGCUAAAAGACCUCAGUUGCUUUUCAUGUAAAAGGCCCUUUUCUCUCAUGUAUUGUUGACUGAUGUUUCUAAAUCUCUGUUACUGAGCACAGGCCAGCAUGCUGCCUGAGGCUCACUACAAUAAGAGUUCACUGUCAAAUGUGCACUUCUACAGGAUUUGGGGGUCUGAGGGUCAAACAAUCAGUCAUAAUCUGGUGUGACAACCCAGUGUCAUGGCGAUUCGUGCUAUGAGUCACACAAAUUAAUCUAUUGAAUCAUGUCCAGGAGGGUUUUUUCGUGUCCCACGCCUCUCUUUUUAAACUCAUAGACUUCAAUGAGUCGCCUGGCCACGCCCCCUCACGAAUAAACAGUGUAUAUACUAUUGUUUCUUUUAUCCAGACACUCAGAUAAUAGCCUGUUUUACUGUUAUUGUCCUGUCCACACUAAAGAUACCUUUAAAGAUGUGAGCCACACUGCUGAACAGGAACAUUCUGGAAACAUCGUGAUCCAAUCCAUUCAGAUAUAAAAGGGGAGAAAAAAGUUCACCCACUUUCUGUAUGAUUGAAAUACAUACUGUCAAUCUACGUGGUUACAUUCCCGGUUGAAAUAUGUUCAAUAGUGAGUAAAGCGACAUAUCAAAGUGACUUUGACUGAGGACGCUCCUCCUCAGUGUUACUGAACACUCCUCCUGAGUGUUCACUGAACUGGCUAGCUUAGCUACAAGCAAGUAGAGAUUGUUUGCUCAUGUGCCCAGGUCAGAAAGCAUUAUAAGAACUGUAGUCAAAACGACAGACUGACAACCAGGUGGUCCCAUAUGCACAAUAACCCGCUGCGUACGUCUCAUAUGUAUAAUCGUGAGGGGGCGUGGCUAGGUGACUCUCAUUGAAAUGUAUUAGUUUAAAAAAAGUGCGUGGGACACGAAAAAACUGUGCAAAGCGUGCUCCUGGACACGAUUCAAUAGGUUAAUUUGUGUGACUUAAAGCACGAGUUGCUGUGAGACUGGGUUGGGUGUGACCACUGUUUUGCCUCAUGUACUACAAACACAAUUGAACACAUUUCUGAACCAAAGAAUGAAAGUGACUGAAUUGUUUAAUGAAAACAAAUCAGUCAGAAUUUUAAUCCAUGAGCGUCUGUAUAGUUUUGGUGGGACACAGUCAAGUUGGCCCUGACCAACUCGGCCCCAAGCUAAGUCAGCCCAUAGCCAAUUCAGCUUCCUGCAAACUGCAGGGCUCUCUAGUCUCACGCACUGAACGUGACAGUCAUGCAUUUAGGUUUUGUGUCUCGCCUCACGCCACACAUUGUAUUUCUCAUGCUGAAAAAAAAAUUCUGGUAAAUUUGUCUGGAGCGCCACUGCUGUGGAACUGGGAGGAAUCAAACAUGUCUGAAAGCCUGUCACUUACCUGUCAACGAACAAAGGAAAGGGGCGGGAGAGAUUGAGUUGAGCUCUUAAAAUUAUAAUACAAAUAAAAAGUUCAUACUAUUUUCUGUUAUCGCUCUGUUCAGUCUAUUCAAAAACCUUCUCUUCUACAGUGUCGAUACACACUCAUUACAAACACAGGAAUCAGUCCAAGCACAAAGAUUAUUUGGAUCAUAACUGAUUGCAAACUUGGCCGUAUAGAAAUUAAGAAGCGUACUUUUUUUUAUCAGUGAUAUCAACAAGUGGAUUUCUCAUAAAACAAGGUAAUCUGUUUCAAGCCGUAAGUAAUUGAAAUAUAAAGACCAGUUUCUCAGUAUUUGUCCAUGGUGUAAUUCCUGUCUUCACUUUGCUGGCUAGGUUGCUCCAAGAUUCCUGAGGAUAAAACUAGCUGGAUUAACAAUGAAAGGGGAGGGAAACAACAUACACUUAUUCAAUAACAGUCAAGCCUGACCUGUAUUGUGUUUGUGAUUCAGACUGCCUUUGCAUUGAGCUGAGAAGUCUACCCCUCAUACCUUUGCCUUCCAUAACAUUCUACACUCACACACCUAAACUAUUUCAGUCAUGUACCCCAGAAAAUCAUGCACUGUACAAAGCCUUUGGUAAGUGGUCUCUGUUGUUCAUAUUAUAAUUCAAGACAGUAACGUACAAAGUUCAAUUGGAGUGGAUAAUUAUCAACAUAGCCUGACACUCAUUCACUGACAGUCACGCUCAAUGCCAACUUGGCUAUGGGCCAUCUUGACUGUGAGCCAGUUUUCGUCAGCCAUUUUAUUUUUUAACAUUGAUUGAAAAUAUAUUGACAUGACAUGAAACUUUACAGCAUACAGUGUUAUUAUCGAGGAGGCUCACACUUUGAGAACCCGCUUUCAGGGUCCAUCAAGCUUCAAAUGGCAGCAUUCUCUUUAUCCACUACUGCAACGCCGGGUUCACACUGGAUGGGUUCCGGCUGCGUUCCGUCUAUGGUACAGAAUCACCGCAGCACUGUGACCCACACCGCCUCCGGUGAAGCUGCAGUCCGCUGGAGUAUGUUGCCAGAUCUGUCGCUCUCUGCCCCAAACAAUAUGAAACCCGUUUGACCCCAAAAAAAGCAGUCCAAACUGCCAUCUCUGUUGAAAAUGCACUUUGCAACCGUAAAAACCGUGUUUCUAUAAUAAAAACCACGUCACAAAUAUUUAACCAUUUCAUCAACCUGCCUGACCUGUUUAAAAAAGAAGCUUGAUAUGGCAGAAACCCGCCCAAUCUGGCAACACAGAACCACUCCGGUCAUAGAGCUGUUUUGUGAAAUUUUGGUGU